CAAUAUCAACACUUGAAAGCUGCGCAAUGUUAAUAAUUAUUAUGACCUUAUAAGACCAUAACAAUUCUGCUCUUGUGCGUGUGACGCUCGUUGGCCAGAGGUGUGUGCAUCCUUACCUUAAUAUCGCAUAGCGGACUAGUAUAGAGACUAGACUCCGUAUUGUGUGUGUCGUUUGCUACCGAUACGAAAUGUUAAUUAGUGAAGGUCACGAGUAGCCAGUUACUACAUCAUCUCUGAGUGAACCGGAGCGAAUCAGAGCCCGCGUUUACGUAACGAGCUCCGACGCGUCACGCUUCUGUAACCGCAUUAAGAGUAUUAUUAGUCUCGAGCGAGUUGAAGAUGUUAGCUCUAACAAUAUACAGCAGGGCGGUGGCCGCAGCGGCAACAGCCGGUACCGCAGUGGGUCGGCGUACCAACAGCAGUGUAGUGCUGCGCCCGCAGAUAUCAGACUUCUGUGUGUCCAACGAACCAGUGCUGGAAUACCGCCGUGGCAGUACCGAACGUUGCGAACUCGUUAAUGAGUUGGAGAAGAUUUCUAACUGCACCGAGGAAAUCCCAAUCGUAAUUGGCGGUGAGGAGAUCAGCGAUGGCAGUCCGCGCUAUGCCGUAAUGCCUCACGACCACCAACGCAAGAUUGCCAAGUUCUUCUAUGCCAGCGAAAAAACCAUAAAUAAAGCCAUUGACACAGCUGUUCAAGCACAGGCUGUUUGGGACCGCACUCCCUUAGAGGAGCGUGUACGUAUUUGGUUAAGUGCUGCUGAACUGAUGUCCACCAAAUAUAGACAGUCUUUGAAUGCUGCCACUAUGGCUGGUCAGUCCAAGUCUGUCAUUCAAGCCGAAAUCGAUUCAGCUGCGGAACUUAUUGAUUUCUUCCGUUUCAACGCAUACUUCCUUAAAGAAAAUGUCAAGUAUCAACCAAUAUCAGAGAAUCCUAAUCUCACCCUAAACUCUAUUCGUUUCCGUGGCAUUGAUGGUUUUGUUGCUGCUAUCAGCCCUUUCAAUUUUACAGCAAUUGGAGGCAAUCUUGCUUACACACCUGCACUUAUGGGUAAUAGUGUUCUUUGGAAGCCAUCAGAUACGGCAAUUCUAUCUAAUUGGCGUAUCUUCAACAUUAUGCGAGAGGCAGGCUUGCCUGAUGGCUUAGUUAAUUUUGUACCUGCAGAUGGACCUGUAUUUGGGACUACAAUAACCAAAUCUCGUCAUUUAGCCGCUAUUAACUUUACUGGUUCAGUACCAACAUUUAACUGGAUCUGGGAAGCAGUUGGACGAAAUCUAUCCAAAUACAUAAAUUAUCCACGCCUCAUUGGGGAAUGUGGAGGCAAGAAUUACCACUUCAUACAUCCUUCAGCAGAUGUUGAAACUGCAGUCGCUUGCACUAUUCGCUCAGCAUUUGAGUACUGUGGACAAAAGUGUUCAGCUUGCUCACGCUUAUAUAUACCAAGUUCAUUGUACACACCAAUGAUAGAAGGACUUGUGAAUGAGCGCCAGAAACUGAAAGUAGGCAAUGUGGCAGAUUUCAGUGUAUUUAUGGGCGCCGUGAUUGACGAAAAGGCGUUUUGUCGUAUUACCAAGUAUAUAGAAGAUGCUAAAAAGAACCCUAAAAACAAAAUACUGGGUGGUGGUAAGUAUGACAAUAGUAAAGGCUACUUUAUUGAACCCACAAUUAUCGAAACAACUGACCCUCACGACAAAUUGCUCCAAGAGGAAAUAUUUGGACCAGUGCUCACAGUGUACACAUAUGAGGAUAAAAAUCUGCAUCAGACCCUAAAGCUCCUUGGCUCCAGCACUAUUUUUGCGCUGACGGGUGCCGUGUUUGCGCAAGAUCAGUGUUUCCUGACCACAGCAUUGGAAGAACUGCGAAUGUCUUGUGGCAAUUUCUAUAUCAAUGACAAGUCCACAGGUGCAGUGGUGAACCAGCAGCCUUUCGGCGGUGGUCGUAUGUCCGGCACCAAUGACAAAGCAGGUAGUCCCUUCUACCUGAUGCGUUUCACUACACCCCAGUCGAUCAAAGAGACCUUUCAGCCGAUGCGCAGUAUUGAAUACCCAUACAUGCACGAUUAAUGCUAGAACAUAUAUUGAUUGGGCACAUAUUAAUUUGGCAGAUUUUCAAAUAUUAUUUAUUUCUUUGGUGAAACGAAUUUUUAAUUAUGAAUGCACUGCCAUGCAACAAAUGAGGCCACUUUAAGCCACAUAAGGAAUGAGAAUGUUCGUUUUUUGCUUAUCUGAUUAGGUUACCUAUUGCGAAAGGUUACAUCUUUUACAACCCCUAUCUUUCACGUAGUAGUCUUAACUCUUAACUUAGGAACUGGCACUUGUCUGUCUGUUUAUUAUUGAAUUGCAAACAUUACAUAAUGUGUAUAGGAGUUAUCUUAAGGAACACCUAACUUAAGAUGGUCAGUUCUGUUUGCAUGACAAUGUAGAUAUAAAGUUUAUUUAUUUAUUCUUCUUAUUCUACCUAUUUAAACCUUCCUAUUUUUGCUUCUAUAUACAUACCUACCUGUUAUUAUUACAUUUUUUGUUAUCAUUAAAUAAUAUGAAUUAAUGAAGUCUUGAAACUGUUCAGUUUUAGAUUGAAUAAGAUUUGUUAUGUGAAAGGCGUUGAGUGUUUAGAUUGUGUGUUCGCAACCACUGACGGAUCACUGCGACUAGAAGAAUUUAAGACAAUAAAGAGACAAAAGAAAAAUCUUGAACAAUAUUUUAUUGUAAAUAUCUCAUACAGCACAGAGUACAUGGAGAUGUAAUUGUUUUGUUUAGAAUUUACCAUGUGGCACUCAGUGCUCUGAUCAGUGUUAGUGGAAACAAAACACUUUAAAUGCCUAUACAAAGGUAUUCAAAACCUUUUAAUAUUUUUUGUUGUAAUUAUAGUUGAUAUUAAUGUAAGUAAUUGUUACCAAACAUUACAUGAGAAACGCAAUUAAUUAUCUAAGAAAGGGCUGUACGGACACGGUUGUUGUUAUGUAAGCAAGAUAAACUAACCAUUCAUCAAGUACAACAAAUCACGUUUGAUAUCGUAAAAAUAAGUUUAAAAACUAAAAAUAUAGGUAAAAAGAAGCAGAGUAACAAACUCUUGCAAUAAACCCUCAAGAGCCAGUUGUCGGCUACUGAUUUCUUCCUACUACUGAAGGUAGGAGCGACCUAGUUAGUAGAUCAGUAAAUAAUAAACAAUAAUUAGGCUUUUAGGUAUGAAUUAUAUGUUUUCAUACAUAUAAUAUUUAGACGUUUGUUAAAGUAGCAUCACGUUAUUGCAUUUACGAAGUAUUUAGCUAAUCAAAUAGAUCAAAACAUUUGAAUCAGGGUUCCCAAAUGAGUAAGGUCAAGAAUGACAACUUGGAAUUUUGGACCCUUCUUAUCCUUAGCGGUUGGCAGUUGAAUUUAAAUUUAAAGCUUGGCUUUACAAUUGGACUUUCGCACCAAAAUAUGCGGCCAUUCGGAUUUCAUUAAUUUAAGGGUUUAAUUGAUUCUCCUAAAACCCAGGGAAGUACAAUAUGGGAAAAGCGCCCAACAUACAUUAAAAUGUACUAACUAUAUUUACACGUUUUACGCCCAAGCAAGUCUGCCGAUAGUUUUGUAUGAAAACUUUAUUUUUCUAGAUAUUCUAUGGUUAUAAAGAAUAAAUAGAGAUAAAUUGAGGGCGAUAUCUUCA